AUGGCGCCGCCCGCAAGAUCAUCGGCGCCUUUGUUCCUCCUCCUCGUUGUUCUCCUCGUCGCCGCACGGCGCUCCGCCGGUGAUGACGACUUCUCUCCACCGCAGGUGCAGCCGUUGGACCCCAAGUGCCAGGAGAUGACGGAGAUGUGCACCCCGGCGACGUGCACCAAGCUCUGCCUCAGCAUAGGGCUGGGUAAAGACGCCGACGGCGGGUUCUGCACCUUCCAUGGCAUGCAGUUCUACUGCUGCUGCCCCAUACCCGCCCCCGUCCCGCCGCCCUCAAGGCUCUGA